GCAUAACUGGUGGCGCCAGUCGUAGCGUUGCCGCCGCGCCAUUCACUCGCACGCUAGCUAACCUCGGCUCGUUUUUGUGACGCUGGGAUUGAAAUUUUGGAUUUUCUUCAGAGGAAGGUGUCAGGAAGUGCUAUAUAGAGGAAAUAUACAUAACGAGACAAUAUAGUUCUGCCAUUUCAGUGAUAAUUUAUAUAUCAGAUUGUUAUCGACCGGUGUUAUUGACAAUCAAGGCAUUAACAAAAAAUAAUAACACAUCGAUGGGUCAGUGACUGCAAAAGAAAAUAUAUAUCAGCCACACAAAACACCAGGAAAGUUAUAGCCAUGGAGAGCGAAUUAACCACAACGAAAUCUGCCCUGGUCACCGCCGCCCACGUCAAGCAGUUCAAGCCAUGUGUCGUCGCCCCGCCCCCCCUCCAGAGUCCCGCCCAACCCCUUGCCGCCCCCGAGGGAGAGAGAGACCCCGAGGGCGCGAGCGAGAACGGGGAAGUACCAUGGGAACUGGAGAAGAACGGACAAAGAAGAUCGGCAAAGGACUGUGGCAAGGAAGACAAGGCACGUGAAAAGACGGCCGAAGGCGCUCCUCCCGACGGCGGCUGGGGCUGGGUCGUUCUGCUGGGGUCGUUCGUCGUCAUGGUCCUGAUCUCCUCCAUGGGCCCGUGCUUCAGCCUGGUGUACUCGCGUCUGCUGCUGUCCUUCGGCUCGUCCUCGACCACCGUGGCCUGGAUCUUCAACAGCUUCAGCCUCGUGUGGAACGUGAUGGGUCCUGUGGUGGGGCCCCUGGCGGCAGAGUGCGGCCAUAGGAAGGUCGCCGUCACGGGAGCCUUCCUCUGCUCCUUGGCUCUCAUCCUCUCUGCCUUCUCCUCCUCGGCGUGGAUCCUCUUGCUCUCCUUUUCUCUUAUUGGAGGUGUGGGCGCGGGCCUAGUGGUGGGUGCAAGCGUCCUCAUCCUUCCCCUCUACUUCUCUCGCCGUCGUGGAUUCGCUAAUGGUUUGUUCAUGGCUGGGACCAGCGUUGGGUUGUUCAUAGCGCCGCAUCUCAUCACGUACCUGCAGGACCUCUACACGUUUAAAGGCGCCACUCUAAUUUUGGGAGCCAUCGUCCUCAAUGGGUGUGCAGCUGGCGCUACUUACCAUCCCGCUUCUUGGCAUAUGCAGCAUGAGAGGAAGAGUUCCAGCAAUGUCACUGAGGAUGCGCAGCGAACGCCACUAUCCAAGACGACAAACAAAAAUAAGCUUGUAGGACUACCAAAAUUACCGAACGGAAAACACCAAAUCGAGAAGGACGCUUCUUACAGAAGAUUUUUCGUGACACGGGUUGUUCUCUCCACGGUUCGAGAUUUGGGUAUACUCAAGUCAAGUCGUGCCCUGAUAAUUGCCCUCACCAGCACACUAGUUAUGAAUGGUUACCUGAAUUUUAUCAUGAUGGUGCCUUUCAUGGUGACCACGGCUAGACAUACACCCCAUGAUGCUGCUUGGUGUGUGUCCGCGUCGGGAAUAAGCAACCUCCUGACGCGAGUAAUUGUUUCGGCACUAGCAGACUGCUCGUGGUUCCAUCUGAGAGGAUGCUACAUGGCUGGAAUCUUACUAAUCGCUCUUUCAAGCUUUGCAUUCAGCUUCAUAUCCAGCCUGACUUGGAUGACAGUGACGAUGGCCGUCUGGGGCUGUGGAGUGGGCGCUUUCAUGGGCCUUUAUAACCUGAUCAUGAUUCGCUACAUGGGCAUGAAGAAGCUGCCGUCUAUGUACGGAGCCUCCAGCCUUCUCAACGGCUUAGGUUUCAUAACCAUAGGCCCGCUUAUAGGUUACAUCCGGGACCUGAGUGGCAGUUACCAGGUCUCCCUCUGGGUCCUGGUGGUGACGGAGGCUUUGUGUGUGCUCCUGUGGUUCCUCAUGCCCGCCGCUGCAUCUCGUGACAACCGAAAGGCGCUGGGACGGGAACAGGGUGGUCUCCAGUGAUACGACUUUGGAAGGUUUUUGUCAGUGUGAGACUGUGGUUGUUUUGCUUUCGCAGAUGUAGUUGUUUUGUUGAUACUCUGUGAAACAAUUAUAGAUUUAUUUAUAUGUUAAUGAUGACUGGUUUUGCGUGGAAUGUGAAUCCGUAAUUUAUUAAAGUAUGUGUAUAUGGGGAUAUAUAGAAUAUGUUAUUUUGUAUGUUUCUUACACCAGAUGAAUAAUUUUUUUUAUGUGCGAAUAAUUGAUACGUGAGAAAUUUGUAAUAAAAUGUUGAAUCCAAA